UUAGGUUACAAAAAACAUCUACAAUAAUUUGAUACCGCGAUAAGAUAAAAACUGUUGCAAGUGCCGACACAACAGAGAAUUUUGAAUAAUUCAUUGAUUCAAUCGUUGUCAAUCUUGGAAUCUGAGAACAUGUCGAGCCCGGUGGUGAAGCUGCUUCAAGGGAGAGUUCAAGGUACUCUAAAAGAGGACAUAUACGGACGCAAGUUUUAUAACUUUCUGGGAAUCCCCUAUGCCAAGCCACCAGUUGGAGAUCUCAGAUUGAAGGAUCCUCUGCCGGCAGAUUCAUGGCUUGGGGUACUAGACUGCACUGCAGAAGCUAACGUUUCCCUCCAAAGGAACCUGGAUAACGGAAACAUCACUGGUUCUGAGGAUUGCCUUUAUUUAAAUGUUUUUUGCAAAGAUUUGCCAACCGAAUAAAGUGAAAGAUUGAAGCCUGUAAUGGUGUGGAUUCAUGGGGGUGCCUUCAAAUAUGAGUCAAGCUCCCCACUAGCGUACGGUCCAGAGAUCUUAAUCACUGAAGAUAUAGUACUGGUUUCAAUGAAUUACAGAUUGGGCUUGUUGGGUUUCCUGAGAUUGAAAGACUCAAAUUUUAAUGUUUAUGGAAACAUGGGCAUUAAGGAUCAAACCGAAGCGCUAAGAUGGGUAAAGAACAACAUAAGUUCUUUUAACGGAGAUCCCAAUAACGUGACAAUUUUCGGAGAGAGUGCAGGAGGUGCAUCAGUUCACUACCAUGUGCUCUCACCUCUGUCGAGGUAACUUACUUUUAGAGAUUUGUUCCACAAGGCAAUUAUUCAAAGCGGAACAGCGUUGAAUAACUUUAGCGAAUUCGAUCACAGUUCCGUUCAAAUUGCCAAAACCAUCGACCCUGAUGUGAGAGACGAAUUGGAUGCGUGGUGAUUCUUCAAACAUGCUACUGCUGAACAGCUCAUCUAAGCGGAAGAAAUUUAUAUAAAGAAAUAUCCGGCGGGUAAGUUAAUAGGACCAGUCAUCGAAAAACCUCAUAAAAAAGCGUUUAUAACACGGAGAGCGAUAGAUAUUAUUGCGACUGGAGAGUACAACAAGGUCCCUCUCAUAUUCGGCUACACAGACCAGGAAGGACUCUUGUUAAAGGAUCAUAUCUAUAGAUCGAUAACUGAAAGGGAAAAGACGUUGAGUAUGGAGGAUGUUAUUCCACAUAACGGCUACAAGCUUUCAGAUAAUAUUAAGAAUUUGGCGAAGAAACUUGAAAAUUUCUAUUUGAAACAAAACGAUCCCGAAGCUGGCAAAAUAUUGCUUGACACUGAUUGGAUAUUUCUAUCUGGGACCUGGGCGAGCGUCAAAAACCAUGUUCAAACAUCUCCAUAUCCCGUGUAUUUAUACAAAAUGACAGUCGUGACAAAGCUGAACUUUUUCAAAAUAUUAGCUCAAUUGGAACGGUAUCCAGGCGCUUCCCACGGAGACGAUAUUGGAUAUCUAUUCAAAACCUUCAUCACUCCAAAAAUUGAACCAGGUAGUCCAGAAGAAAUAGGUCUUCGCAGAUUCGUUAAACUCUGGACGAACUUCGCGAAACACGGAAAUCCCACUCCUGAUCACGACGAGCUUGGUAUCACGUGGAAACCUGUAAUGACCCGUCAGAUCAACGUACUAAAUAUCGGAGACGAUCUGAAGUUACAAAUUAAUCCGGAAGCGAAGCGUUUAGAAUUGUGGAGGGAAGUUUACCACCAACAUUCUUCUACGGUUAAAUAUUUCCUCGAGUCUGUAAUUCCCAAAACUGUACGCCCCAUAUUUAUGUCUGAGCCAGUGGUCGAAACAAAGCAAGGCUUUAUUCAGGGCUGCACCAAGCAUGAUUUGCUCGGCGAAAAAUUGUAUGCCUUUUUGGGUAUUCCUUUCGCCUUGCCGCCAGUGGGUAGCCUCCGAUUCAAAGAUCCGGUGCCGAUCACUAAGUGGAAAGGAAUAAGAGAUGGUAGUGUGGAAGGAGCCCCGUGCUGUCAAUUUGAUGAAUCAACCCAACGGAUCGUUGGUUCGGAAGAUUGUUUAUAUUUGAACGUUUUCACUAAGGAGCUACCGGAAAACCAAAAGGCUACAUUAAAACCAGUUAUGGUGUGGAUACAUGGAGGCGCGUUUCGACAUGGGUCCAACACCUUGGCGCAUUUUGGUCCAGAGUUCCUUAUGACCGAAGAUAUCGUGUUAGUUACUAUUAACUACAGGCUUGGAUUAUUGGGAUUCUUGCGAUUAAAUGACACAAAGUUAAACGUAAACGGAAAUAUGGGAUUAAAAGACCAAGCCCAAGCUUUACGGUGGGUUAAAGACAACAUUGCUUAUUUCAGUGGAGAUCCUGGCAACGUCACAAUUUUUGGUGAAAGCGCAGGUGCUGUUUCCGUGCAUUAUCACGUGCUAUCUCCACUGUCACGCGAUCUGUUUCAUAAAGCGAUUAUGCAAAGUGGUACCGCGUUAAACUCUUGGGGUGAAACCGACCAUAAUGCCGUAGAACUAGCUAAACUUCUGGAUCCUUCGGUAAAAGAUGAAAAUAGUGCGCUUGCACGUUUAAACGAAGCUACGCCUCAGAAGCUCUACGAAAUCUUGACUCUGUACUCCAAGGAUGAUCUUGCAAUAUCCUUAAAUAUAAAAAUUGGUCCGGUCAUUGAACACCCAUCGCCGAACGCAUUCAUAACCAGAAGACCAAUAGACAUCAUAAAAUCCGGCGAACACAACCAAGUGCCAAUGAUGUUCGGCUACACGAAUAGAGAAGGACUAUUGUUUAAGACCGCAAAAUACGAAACGGGAAAGACAUUUCAGAUCGAAAAUCUAAUCCCUAAAGAGACUGAUCAUCGGAGCGCAAAGGAAAUUAAACAAGCGCUGACUGAUUUAAAAGAUUUUUAUUUGAAUGGUUCAGAUACUGAAGACGGACUGAUAAAACUGGUAACGGAUUGGCAAUUUGUAACUGACAUUAUAGCUAGUAUAAAGAACCAUAUUAAUUCUUUGAAAGAGAAAAUUUUCGUAUAUAAAAUGACGGUGGAUACGAGAUUAAAUUAUUACAAGAAAAAAUCAAAUUUGGACCGUUUUUAUGGUGCUUGUCACGCAGAUGACUUAGGUUACCUGUUCAAAAGCGUUUUCACUCCUCCCAUAGAUGAACUAACCAAUUUAGAGAGUGUCAGUAUUAAGAGGUUUGUCAAAAUGUGGACCAAUUUUGCAAAAUACGGCAGCCCAACGGAUGAGGAACUGGGAAUUGAAUGGGUCGCAGUAACGCCAGAAAGAUUAAGCGUGAUCACGAUAGGUGAAGAACUGAAAAUAGACAUAGAUCCCGAAUCCAAGCAGUUAGAGUUGUGGGCGCGUAUUUAUAACUUUGAUCCACGUACUGAAAACUAUCUGUGCUUGUAAUUUAUAUUUUUUUGAGUUCUGCGCCCAAACGGCUGUUUUUGAUAGCGAUGUAGAAAUACUGGAAUAUAUAUAUUUUUAUUUUUAUCCUGCGUCAAUAAUUCCAAAUUAUUAUAUACCCCAAAUGCACAUGGAAAUAUGUUAGCAAAGGUUAUAUUUAGAUGUAAUAGAAAUAAAUAUUGU